AUGGCGACAAGCGCAGUCGAGGUCGACAUCCAAAGGAUUUCCGCUUAUGGACCAGCUCGGUCGACCGUCAAGGUCGACAAGCCACUUGACAAAGAUGAAGUUCGCAAGAUGGACGAAUACUUCAAAGCAAGUCUGUACCUCUGUCUAGGCAUGCUCUACCUACGCGAUAAUCCGCUUCUCAAAGAACCCCUGAAGAAGGAACACAUCAAGAACCGUGUACUGGGUCACUGGGGAUCAGACGCUGGCCAAUCUUUCACAUGGAUUCACAUGAAUCGUCUCAUCAAGAAGUACGGCUUGGAUACACUUUUCAUUUCUGGCCCUGGACACGGUGCUCCUGGUAUCCUGUCCCAGUCAUAUCUUGAGGGCGUCUACAGUGAAGUGUACCCAGACAAGUCCGAGGACGAGGAUGGCAUGCGUCGUUUCUUCAAGUCAUUUUCCUUCCCCGGUGGUAUCGGCAGUCACGCCACCCCCGAAACCCCCGGCAGUAUCCAUGAGGGAGGAGAGCUCGGUUACUCGAUCUCGCAUGCCUUUGGAACUGUCUAUGAUCACCCGAAUCUGAUCGCUCUGACAAUGGUCGGUGACGGAGAAGCCGAGACUGGUCCACUCGCUACCAGUUGGCACAGCACGAAGUUCCUCAACCCACUCACAGACGGUGCAGUCCUCCCUGUCUUGCAUCUGAAUGGUUAUAAGAUCAACAAUCCAACUCUUCUCGCUCGUAUCAGCCACGAAGAGCUCGAAGCGUUGUUUAUCGGUUACGGUUGGACACCAUAUUUCGUGGAGGGCAGCGACACCCAAAGUAUGCACCAGAGCAUGGCAGCAACUCUUGAGCACUGUGUUUUGGAAAUCAAGGAGAUCCAGAAGAAAGCUCGAGAAUCAAAAAAGGCAUUCCGACCACGCUGGCCGUUGAUUGUGCUUCGCACCCCGAAGGGAUGGACUGCCCCUAAAGAUGUCGACGGAAAGAGACUUGAAGGAUUCUGGCGAGCACACCAAGUUCCAAUCACAGAUGUACUCACCAAUCCGGAUCACCUGAAGUUGCUUGAAUCAUGGAUGAAAAGCUACGGCCCAGAUAAGCUCUUUGCGGACAAAGGCAAGAUCAUCGCUGAACUCAGAGCUCUUGCACCAACAGGUAACUCCCGCAUGAGCGCCAACCCAGUCGGAAACGGCGGUCUUCUUCGUAAGCCGUUAGACCUGCCCGAUUUCCGCACCUAUGGUGUCGAGGAAAUCGAUCCCGGAGUCUCAGUCCUUGGAAACAUGACCAACAUGGCAAAAUUUUUGCGGGAUGUCAUUGCAAAGAAUCAGACUAAUUUCCGUCUUUUUGGCCCUGACGAGACGGAAUCCAACAAACUCGGCGAGGUAUACAAGGCAGGCAAGAAGGUUUGGCUUGGUGCGUACUUUGACGAAGAUAAAGACGGAGGCAAUUUAGCAACGGAAGGCCGAGUCAUGGAGAUGCUCAGCGAGCAUACCAUUGAAGGCUGGCUGGAAGGCUACAUUCUUUCAGGAAGACAUGGCUUGCUAAACAGUUAUGAGCCCUUUAUCCACAUUAUCGACUCCAUGGUGAAUCAGCACUGCAAAUGGCUUGAGAAGUGCCUUGAAGUCGAAUGGCGUGUCAAAGUUGCUUCGCUCAAUAUCUUGCUCACGGCAACCGUCUGGCGUCAAGAUCACAAUGGCUUUACGCACCAAGAUCCUGGAUUCUUGGAUGUUGUUGCCAACAAGAGCCCAGAAGUCGUUCGCAUCUACCUGCCCCCGGAUGGAAACUCGCUCUUGUCUGUCGCCGACCACUGUCUCCGCAGCGUUAACUACGUUAACGUCAUUGUCGCCGACAAACAAGAACACAUUCAGUUCCUCUCCAUGGAAGAAGCCGUCGAGCAUUGUACCAAGGGUGCAGGUAUCUGGGAUUGGGCCAGCAACGACCAAGGUGAAGAUCCAGAUGUUGUUAUAGCCUCUGCCGGUGACGUAGCAACUCACGAAGCGCUCGCCGCAACCGCCCUACUACGUGAGUUCCUGCCGGAUGUCAAAGUGAGAUUCGUAAACGUCGUCGAUCUCUUCCGCUUGAUUCCCGAAUAUCAGCACCCACAUGGCAUGUCAGACCAGCAAUGGAAAGCGCUUUUUACCGAGGACAAGCCGAUCAUCUUCAACUUCCAUUCUUACCCAUUCCUCGUUCACCGUCUCACCUAUCGACGCCCUGGUCAAAAGAAUCUCCACGUGCGUGGCUAUCGUGAGAAAGGAAAUAUUGACACGCCUUUUGAGCUUGCCGUAAGAAACGAGACGGACAGAUAUAGCCUGGCCAUCGCUGCGAUUGAUAAUAUCCCACGGUUGCACAACAAGGCUUCUGCUGUCCGAGAGAAGUUUAUUAAUCUACAAAUUGCAGCUAGAAACACGGCUUUUGAGGAUGGCCUUGAUUCGGAAGAGAUUCGGAACUGGAGGUGGCCUUUUUCGAAGAAAUAG